GUGUGUGUGUGUGUGUGUGUGUGUGUACUGAGUCCAGUGACCAGCAGGGCUUAGGUUACACUCCUUCCUUCUAAUAUGGUGCAGAUUAGAAGCCUCUCUGGAUGCACCUUGGUUGCGGGAAGCAGAGCGGCUGCAGGCAGAAAUAAAUCUCCCCAGAGGAAAGAUGAUAGCGAGGCUCACAUGUCCACAGCAGCAUACAGAGACACACUUCAAAGACAUCAAAGGAGGACUUUACAGAAGACAGUGAUCCAAACAAAUCAGAUCAUUUAUAAAGAAAUAUUAAUACAUGAAGAUUAAAAAUAUCUUCUUAAAAAACUGUAAAUAUGCUGAAGAUAGAAAAUCUGAAAUCUCGACAGAAAGAGAGAGAGGAGAAGUCGAUCUACGGAAAUGACUGAGACCAGUGGAGCCACCGACUCUCUGUUCAUUCAAUUUUCCCAAUUCACAUGUGACACAACAUUUAAACUUUAAAUGUUGUGUCACAUUUAAACUCCGCACAGAAGGAUCACCUUUCACCAACUCAGCAGGAAUGCAUGACUUGAUUAUCACAGCUCUAAAACCAGAAAACUCCGUAGACUCUAAAUGAAUUUAAAAAAGGAAGUUAUAGAAGACAAUCAAUCAUAGAAUCCCCAAUAUCUUACACUUUGGUAAAUACGUGUUCAUGUACUGCACGAGCCUCUGUAACACAAUGACGGUAUAAAACAGCUUCCAUAUAAAAACAGAGCUGCAUCAAUUAUUCAUAAAUGCUUGUGUUGGCUGCUCCAGGGAUCGAUGCCUCUGUAAUGUGGACUGAUACGAGCUCCUGGUCCUGGUCCUGCAGCAGGUUUAUGGGCUGGAUUUCACCAACAUACAAACAUUUCAAUUAAAGCUCUUUCACCUUAGUGAGUAAAUAUAAGAGUUCAGUGCAGUCAUGUGUGUGUGUGUGUGUGUGUGUGUGUGUGACUCAUUGUUUAUUAAAGAAGGAAGUGACAUCAUAACCAAAUAUUUAUCACCAAGAAGGAGCUGAUUUAUUUUCACUUCCUUUUUUUUGUCAAAUCCUUUGAGACAAAAUUUGGACAGUUGGACACUUUAGUUUGGUCAGUUGGACACUUUAGUUUGGACACUUUAGUUUGGACAGUUUGGACACUUUAGUUUGGUCACUUUAGUUUGGACAGUUUGGACAGUUUAGCUUGGACAGUUUAGUUUGGACAGUUAAGCUUGGACAGUUUAGUUUGGACAGUUAUAGGGUUAGGGUCAUAUAAUAGGUUAUUUAGUUAGAUCUUCCCAAAAAGUCACCAGAGCUGCUGCCCUGGUCUGAAUCUGCCCUGGUCUGAAUCUGCCCUGGUCUCAGCAGCACUUUGUGGAAGUUUUCACUGAGAGGGUCAAAGGUUAUUCACACGUGAAGCUUUCUUUACUGGACUCAAUUCUUCAUCAAGUGGAGUCAGCGAUGCAGAGACAUGUUCAGAAUUCUCGUUAUUUAAAUGUGCUUUAAUGCCUUAAGUUAAGAUGUCUUAGGGUAGCCCGUGGCCAAGUGGAAAGGGAACUUGGCUUGUAACCGGAGGGUCGGCGGUAACCCUAACCCGAUUCAAGUCCCCACCAGGUCAAAAGGGCUGGGGUACCCCUGAGCAAGGUACUCACCCCCAUUGUUCCCCGGGCGCUACUCAGUGUGGCAGCCCACUGCUCCUAAUUCUAGGAUGGGUCAAAUGCAGAAAACUAAUUUCCCUAAGGAGAUUAAUAAAGUUUUAGAUUUAGCCACUAAUGCAAUUAAAACAAGUCAAAUAAACAUGCUUGCUGCCCCCUCACUGAGAGGAUCGCAGAGGCAUUCACAGAACUCGAGACUGUUCACUGUCCUCGCUCCCAAAUGGUGGAACGACAGCAGAAAUCCUCCACAUCUUCCACCGCCGACUAAAAACAUAUUUCUUCCGACUCUACCUCGACUAAGACGACAAAAAACAAACAAACAAACAAAAAAACUUGCUCAUACAUCGCACUCAUGACUAGCACUUCUUGUUUGGCUUACUUGAAGCUCUUACUUACUUCUAGCUCUUAUUUGUACACAAAUGUUUAAAUGCACUUAUUGUAAGUCGCUUUGGAUAAAAGCGUGUCAUGUAAUGUAACAUGCAGAAAUAAUCCACUCUCAGGCUCCUCUCUUCUUUCCUCUUUUUUCAGGAUAUGAAAUGUGUGCAAAGAUGAUGGGAGAGACACAGACAGAGAGAGAGACAGACAGACAGACAGAGAGACAGAGAGAGCGACAGAAAGAGAGAGACAGACAGAGAGAGAAGAGGAAGUCUCACUGCUACUAGCAUGAGACCCCGCCUCUUGCUGGACUCCACUCCUCCCUGGUUUACUCAGGCCCUGGUGGAGAGGAAGCUGCUGCCCUCUGGGAUUUGGCGUGAUAAUUGUAAAGGAAGCAGAGGAGUCUUGUGUCUGCUGCACACACUCACACACAACAUGACUGAAGGAGAGAUGCUGCUAUAAUCCUGUCAUCCUUCGAUUGUUCAGAGUGAGAAGAGGACGCCGCCAUGUCUGAGAAGAAGCCACGAGCCUCAGGCACACGUCCCAAAAGUGGCCUCCGCAGCUGGAGUGCAGACAGUUCUAUUUGGCGGGGGAAGAAGCGUUCCCGCAGCUCUUGGAGCGGUGGGCUGAGUCCUGGAGGGUCGGAGGCGGAGGCGGAGGAGCUGGGUGUCCGGUCCACAUCCUGUACGAGGCGGCGCAGAGAGAGAAAGUGCAGCUGCAGCGCUCUGGGAGACACACUGACAUCUGCAGAGUUUGAUGUGGUGUGUCGCAAGGCCUUAACCCGCCGCUCUCUACGGCAGAAAUUUCAGGAUGCUGUCGGCCAGUGUUUGCCUCUGCGUUCUCAUCAUCAUCAUCAUCAUCAUCAUCAUCCACCCGGCUCCUCAAGACCCUUCUCUGUUCUCUUCUGGUCCAAACGCAAGAUCCAUGUCUCAGAGCUCAUGCAGGACAAGUGUCCAUUCUCACCUAAAUCUGAACUGGCCCGAUGCUGGCACCUUAUCAAAAACCACGCAACUCACCCAAGUUCCCUCAAGGACAUGGAAGCUCCCCUCAAACCCCCCGUGUCGUCCUCCUCUACCUCCCCUCCACAAACACCACUCUCAUGGGAGGACCUCUGCUGCUCCCCUGGGCAGACUGGAAGCACCAGUCUGGAGGACUGGGACCCUUCUUCUCCACAUGGGGGGGCAGAGGGGAGCUGUAGCAACACUGACUACAUCCUGGUCCCGGAUCUCCUCCAGAUCAACAACAGCCCCUGUUACUGGGGUGUGUUGAACCGCUUUGAGGCAGAGGAGCUCCUGGAGGGCCAGCCAGAGGGCACCUUUCUGCUCCGAGACUCUGCCCAGGAUGAGUUUCUCUACUCGGUCAGUUUUCGUCGCUACAGCCGCUCCCUGCACGCGCGCAUUGAGCAAAAUGGAAAGCGUUUCAGCUUUGAUGUGCGUGACCCGUGUAUGUACCAGGAUCCUAGUGUGACAGGACUACUGAGACACUACAGCAACCCGGCCACCUGCCUCUUCUUUGAGCCCCUGCUCUCCCGGCCACUGCUCAGGACCUUUCCUUUCUCCCUGCAGCAUCUGUGCAGGGUUGUGAUCUGCAGCAGCAGCACCUACCAGGGCAUAAACAACCUGCCCCUGCCGCCACAGCUCAGGGAAUACAUCAGACUGUACCACAUCAGGUGUGAGGGGGCCUGCGCUGUGUGAUGGACACACUCGUCACCAAACAAUGGCAGGAAAAAGAGGAGGAGCCAAUGCAAGAUCUUUUGGCCAAGAUGCAAGAAUAUUGUUGUUUGUGAAUUUCAAAAAGCUUGAUGGUGCAAAACCUUUAGGUUUCUAAGAUUAGGAAUGUUCAGAUGUGACUGUAUCAAGGAUCUUGAUCUUGCAGAAUCACCCACCUUCUUUGCAGGUCUGGACUACAUGCACAUGGCCAUCUUGACUCAUACUGGAGCUGAGGUCAAUCAGUGGACAGCGAUACAUUAAUCAAGCAAAUAAAAACCUUUGGAAGGAGCAGGGAUGAAGAAAAACACAGAGACGAUGUUUUUCAGGAACAUUGACUCUUUAAGUCUCUUUCUUGUAUGAACAUCUGGAAACUCUAACAGCCACUAAAGCACUAAAGGAACUACUACCAGUCGUGAUUUUGCUCUGCUUUUAUUGUACACACAACCAAUCUGUCACUGUUAGAGCAUCCAUUGAUAUCCUCAGCAUUCUUUUUAUAAGGUAAGCUGGUGCAGGAAUGACCAUAUAUCUUCAAAUCUUUUCCAGUUAUUGGUUUCACCUGUUGACCAUUGAGAUGAGGAACUGAUUUCAACAUUCAAACCACAGGAGACUUGUGUAGAGAAUUCAAUAUCACUAUGACGAUGUCGCCUCAUUCUGCUUUUGACAAACACAAAUGUCACGUUCUAAUAAGGGAGACUCGACGUUAUUCAAUCAGAUUGUCUUCUUCUCUGUAGCCACAAGGUGGUAGCACAACUGCACAGAUCAGGGGAUUGAAGUUCCACUGCUUCACUGGUCUGUCUUUCACAUCGUCCUCAUGUCUCAUGUCCAUCAUAAAGUGGCAUUUUAACAUUAGUUAAACAAACUGUUCGACUUGCACUGAUGCUCAGUCAAAGCAUAUUGUAUUCACCACUGACACACACAACAAUACAGGCCGUUUACGCUGCCUGUGUCAAUCACCGGUGCACUCCUGCUCGUGCUUCAGCUGUUGGCCGUGUCACAGUCAGACCAGUCGAUGCUUUUGAAGAAUCAAAUGAAAACAAUCUGUCGCUCGCUCUGGAAAGGACACGUCGAAAUGUCAACGCUUCUGCGGAACAAACGAGAGAUAAGGACACGAAAGUAACUGGAGAGGAAUUCAAAGGUUUUCAAGUGUCAAUCACGUCCACUCAUGUUUCCUCUGGCAGAGUUCAGGUACCACAAAGUUCUGUCUUUUCUUCAUUGAUUUACUUCAUCAUGUUUCAGUUCAUGUGCAGUUCUGUUCUCAUGCUAAUCUUCAGAUAAACUUUAGAUGGCGCCUAAUUUAACGUCUGCCACUUUCAUAGAAGUGCAGUCAUAAUGAACCUCCAUCUCUAUCUCUGUGUCUCUGUGAGCCUCCGUGUUAAAAGUCAGUCAGGAGCCACAUCGAUUGAUUUUCUGAUUUUGCUGAACCACAUUCAUGAAAUAUUAAUGUUAUCUUGUAUGAUCAUUUUUCUGCAGCUCAAAACCAAUAUCUAUAUUUACACCCAAUUCAUGUUACAUCCCAUAAUCAAACUGAAGAAGUGAAACAUUUGUUCCAGGACUGCUUGACGCAUCCAUGUGUAACGCCAAAUACACAUAUCAGGCUUCAGGCCUGUGGUACACAUCAAUACUGUGAUGCUCAGUGAUUCUUGUAAAGUGGGAGAGUUCAGUGAUGUGAGUACUUCCUGUCGCAUUAAUCAAAUCCUCCACUGAGAUCUGAGAUGCUGCUCAAACAGGCCAGAUGGUUACAGCCUAUCAGAGCCAAGAGGAUGGACCUCUCUGCAGUAAUAUUAUGAAUCGCUGGUCACAUGACCAACCAAUGAAAUGACAAACAAACCUUUGUUUCUGUGUGUUUGUCUGAGCAGAGUGUGCUGGAAUAAAUGUAAAUAAUAAAUCCAAUUUAAACGUAUUGAACAACUUCCAUUAAAACAUUAAAACAGUUGUGA